CAGGUGGCUGCUGAGAACAGGAAGUUGACAUUGUUCAUCUAGUUAAUUUCACACUCUUGUCACUGAGCUGCUGUGUGACAGGGGGUAGGAGCGGGGGAUCACUCACCCAUCACACAGACAGCCGGGGACUCCUCACCUCACCGUCCCAUUCCGGAUUAUUUAGACAGACCAGAGUGGACCUUGCUUGAAAAGUGCCGCUGACUGAGCUGAGAGGUGAUAACAGGAGCUCGGGAGAUUUUUUUUUUUCUUUUUCAACUCCCGUUUCCCCUCAUACUUGGAAGGAUCUUGGGUUUUGGUGGGCGUGAAAUUUACAGCUUUUCAGCCAGGGAGGUGAACUUUUUUGCCCCCAUCUCCUCUCUCUGUUAAUAAAGCAGGACUUGGCCAGGCGACACAGAUGAGUUCCACCCAUAAGGAUCCGGAGUUUGACUCACAGCACGGGGACCAUGACCCAAAUCAAAAUGUCAGCCCUCAAGAGGAAUUCGACUUCUCGAUAUUAUUCGAUUAUGAUUACUUGAAGUGUAUAGAAGAAGAAUCGACUCCUUCACAUAAAACCAACAGCCCACCCACUGGAGUUACAUACCCUCAUGAUGAUGUCUUGGACUAUGGCCUCAAGCCAUACAGCCCCCUGGCUUUUCCUAGUCUUUCUGCAGAUCACAUGGGCAGAUAUGGACAGCCAGAUAGCAUAGGGUCAAAAUGCAACUUGGACCCUGUAAAGUCUGGGGCCUCUGCUUUGAGCCCUAGGAUUGAGAUCACUCCAUCCCAUGAACUGAUUCAUUCAGGGGUUCCCUUCCGCAGCAGAGACACAGAUCUUUUGGUAGAACAUCAGUCCAACUCAGCCACCGCUAGCCCAAGGUUUACACUGCCUGUCCCUGGCUUUGAGGGCUACAGAGAACCGCUGUGUUUGAGCCCAGCUAGCAGCGGCUCAUCUGCAAGUUUCAUUUCAGAGACAAAUUUCUCUCCCUACACAUCACCAUGUGUUUCACCAAAUAAUGGUCCUAGUGAUGACCUUUGUCCACAGUUUCAAAACAUCCAUACUCAUUAUUCCCCUAGAACCUCGCCAAUAAUGUCACCACGAACAAGCAUCACGGAGGAUACCUGCUUGGGACCACAUUCACCAUCACCCCGUCCCAACUCAAGGUCUUCAUCGCCAGGUGCAAAACGGAGGUACUCUUGCACUGAGCUCUGCAACUCUCAGCCGCCUUCCACUUCUCCACGACAGUCAAGAACCCCUUCUCCACAAGCCUCUCCUCACAUCCCUUUGAGAGAAGACAGCACUUUGCUCACUUACACCCAGUUGCCCAGCUCUUCUAGUCUCAUGGAUGCUAUGAACAACCUUAGCACGGAUCCUCCCUGUGGUGUUCCCAUGAAAAUUUGGAAAACCAGCCCUGAUCCCCCAUCAGUGCCUUCACACAAAAACAGCAUUCCAUGCCACGUCUUUCAGACCGUUGAUUACCUUGGGCCUUGUGAUCAGGAAGACAGGAGAAACUCAGCACCUGAAUCCAUUUUGUUAGUACCUCCAUCUUGGCCAAAGCAGCUGGUGCCUGCAAUACCCAUCUGCAGCGUACCUGUUGCAUCCCUCCCACCUCUUGAGUGGCCACUCUCCAAUCAGUCUGGCUCUUAUGAAUUGCGCAUUGAAGUGCAGCCAAAACCUCACCAUCGGGCACACUAUGAGACAGAGGGGAGUCGAGGGGCAGUCAAAGCACCAACGGGGGGCCAUCCUGUGGUCCAGCUUCACGGUUACAUGGAGAACAAACCCCUGGGUCUUCAGAUCUUCAUUGGGACAGCAGAUGAACGGAUACUUAAACCUCAUGCUUUCUAUCAAGUCCAUCGCAUUACGGGCAAAACUGUUACCACCACCAGCUAUGAGAAAAUCAUAGGCAACACCAAAGUUCUAGAGAUCCCCCUCGAGCCCAAAAACAACAUGAGAGCAACCAUUGACUGUGCAGGGAUUUUGAAGCUGAGGAACGCGGACAUCGAACUGCGGAAGGGGGAGACGGACAUUGGUAGGAAGAACACCAGGGUGCGGCUUGUCUUCCGUGUGCACAUCCCUGAAUCCAGUGGCAGAAUAGUCUCUUUGCAAGCGGCAUCUAAUCCCAUCGAAUGCUCCCAAAGAUCUGCUCAUGAGCUUCCAAUGGUUGAAAGACAAGAUAUUGAGAGCUGCCUAGUUUACGGCGGACAGCAGAUGAUCCUGUCUGGUCAGAAUUUCACAGCAGAGUCUAAAGUUGUAUUCACUGAGAAGACGUCAGAUGGUCAGCAGAUCUGGGAGAUGGAGGCAACGGUGGAUAAAGAUAAGAGCCAACCUAGCAUGCUUUUUGUAGAGAUACCAGAGUAUAGGAACAAACACAUCCGUACACCGGUGAAGGUGAAUUUCUAUGUCAUCAAUGGAAAAAGAAAAAGAAGUCAGCCACAACAUUUUACCUAUCACCCAGUACCAUCAAUCAAAACAGAGCCCAUUGAUGACUAUGAUCCAGCUUUAAUCUGCAAUACAGUACACAGUGGUCUGGGAACAGUAACACAGCCUUACUAUUCACAGCACACAAUGGUCACCGAAUCCCCUUCCUGUCUUGUGGCCACUAUGGCUUCCUGCCAGCAGUUGCGUUCAGGCCUAUCUUCUACUGAUUCUCGAUAUCAUCAACAGAAUCCAGCAGCUGUAAUAUACCAAAGAAGCAAAAGUCUCAGUCCUAGCCAACUAGGCUACCAGCAAUCCAGUUUGAUGGCCACACAGGUUUCCAUUUCAGAUGCACACAGGUCAGUGCUGGUACAUGCUGGUUCCCCAGGCCAAACCUCAGCUGUGCUCCACCACUCUCCAAGCAGUCAACAAUCUUCUCCCGUGAUACACUAUUCUCCAACCAAUCAGCAGCUGAGGUGUGGAAGUCAUCAAGAAUUCCAGCAUAUCAUGUGCUGUGAAAAUUUUACCUCUAAUGUAGCAAGACCCAGCCAGCCUCAGGUCAGUCAAGCACAAAGGAUAAGUCCAAGUUCAUAUCCUACCGUGAUUCAGCAGCAGACAGCCACAAGCCCGAGAGCAGCAAAAAAUGGACCACCCGUUAGUGAUCAGAAAGAAGUGUUACCAGCCGGAGUCACUAUUAAACAGGAACAGAACCUGGACCAGGCAUAUCUGGAUGAUGAGCUGAUAGAUACACACCUUAGCUGGAUACAAAACAUUAUAUGAAACAGAAUGACUGUGAUCUUUGAUCCAAGCAAUCAAAGUAAAAGUUAAUGAAAUUAUCAGGAAGGAGUUUUCUGGACUCCCUGCCAGAAAUCAGACAUAGAAGAAGAGAUUUGUGAGACAACUUUUACUGAAUCCUUCCAUAACUGACCUGUUUAGAUCCUUCCACUGCCCCUUCAACCUCCUGCUUCCUUAAUCGUUCAUCUCAAGGCACCAAUUCAAUGCAAGGAACAAUGUAUUGGCAUCAAGCUGACAGCCUUGACUAAGCAGCUCGCCACCUCUCUCUGUAAACAUCAAAAGGACACCCUUCCUUUAGUCCAAAGAUUGUAUUGUUCUCAUAUAACACGGUAUGUGUCUUGCCUGCUGCAAAAACAUAUAGAUAUCAUAAUAAGGGAGAAGAAAGGCGUCAUUCCAGAGCUCUGUUCUACAACAAAUGUGGUUAUAUAUUAGCACUUAAUUCAGUGGGGAUGAGAAAUAAGGGUAGAGGGAGUGCCUGCGUUUUAUAUAAGAUCAACAACACUUUGCAUUUAAAUAGCAACACCUUUCCAUCCAGAUCUCAAAGCCCUUUACAAACACAGGUUACACAUUAUUAUUCCCAAUGUUACCAAUGGGGGUAACUGAGGCACCCAGCAGUUAAGUGACUUGCACAAGUCAGGCCACAUCUACACCAUGGGUUCUACAUUGAUGGAAGGUGUUUUUCCAUCGCUGUAGGUAAUCCACCUCUCCCAGGGGCAGCAACUAGGUCAGUGGACAAAUUCUUCCAUCAACUUAGCUGCAUCUAUCCCGGGGUUUAGGUCAGCAAAGCUAUGGUACUCAAGAGUGUGGCCAUGUCAACCUAAUAUUUUAGAGUAGACCAAGUCUCAGUCUUAUCUGAGAACAGAACCCAGCUUUCCUGACUCUUACUCCUGUGCUCGGCACACCAAACUGUAGUUGCCACAUGAAUCCAAGACUUUCUUUGUUGUUUUUAAUAAGAGCUGAUGUGCUUUUGAAGGCGAGAGAUGCUUAAAGAAAAUUAAAUUAAAAGAGCAAUUACAAAUUUCUAACGAACAGCCCAAGUUAAAAUAACCCCUGAUAAAAUGAAGCGGAUGCAUCUAUUGGAGUUACAAAAUUCAAGCAGAAUUAUGCCUGUCAAAAGACUUUGUGAUUGACCCAAAUUAGUGGUUAGCCAAUACAUUGACAGCUUUUAAUUUUUUUAUUCUAGUAAAGUACUGCUGUUUAUUUUCAUGUAAAAUCUGCCUUCAAUUCGUAACUGCUCUCAUUUAGAAGCCACAACAUUUAACCAUGCAAGCUGCAGGGGAAAGUAAUUACAUCUAAAAGAAGCCACACAUUUAUUUGUCCUUUUUUCUUUUGCUUUGAAAAGCCAGCAGCAAUUUACAGAAAGGCUGAACCUCCUUGUUAGUCUAAUAAGUUAGCUAUGUAUGACUUCUUGCGCUAACACAUAGUUUGAAUAUACUGUGCUCAAGACAGUUAAUCACAGUAAGAAACAGAAUAUGGAUAAUAUUUGCCAUUUGCAGUUGCACAGCUAGUAAGCUUGUCAAGUUUCACGCUUUCCAUUUUUAGUGUGUUAUUGCUUCCGUGACAAGAUAAAAAGAUAUCAUACCUGGAUAAUAUAAAUACAUUAAGGGCUAACCAUAAUAUUGCUGCAAAUAUGUAAUAAUCUUUUGUUAAAUUAAUGAAAUCAAUAUCCUUAAGAGUGCUUGUAGGAAAUCUGCAGUGCUAAAGAUUGCUUUAGAAGGCACACUAGCUAAAGUCUCAAGGGUUUCAAAGCACAGAUUGCCAGUACCCAUGUGUCUACAUGGUGACAGCAUGAAUUAGGUUGUAUGAAAAUAUUAGAUCAGCAGAACUUUUGUAGAAUGUUUGCCCAAUACUGCAAGAAAGAUAAGUGCAUAGACCCCCAUAGAAUCAAUACUGGGUUUGGCACAGCUAUUCUUCUUGAGUUUUGUGAAAAUAUAUAUUUUCUGCCACUAAAUUCUACCACUUAAGCUAUGCAACAUCUUAUAUCCUGGAGAGAGUUAGUGGAUAGCAUUUCACUAACUCUUUCCAGGAUAUAAGCCUUUGCAUAGCUUCAGAAUGCCUGAUUAAGAAAUUGACCUGAACCAAAAUCUUGGAUCUUAAACAACCUGGGAUCUUUGGAGUAUCUGAAAUCAGAAUUUUGCAAACGGGAAAAACCAAAAGCCUGGAUUCAAACCUUCUUAGGUCAUUUAAAAGUCUGGGUUUAUAGCCUGAACAGAAUUUUGUGGCUUGCUUGAGCCCCUUUCUAUUCUUAAUCGAAAAGUUGAUUAGAUAUGUGGCCUGCUCAUGAAGUUUGCGUCUUUUUUUUUCAGGUGGGUCAAACAUAUACUGCUCAUGUAUACAGUGCUAGUGUAACACACAGACCAAGCAGGAGCAUUUCUUCCAGUUGGAAGGUAUUCUGCUUUGUACGAUUAGAAUCUUUUUGAGAAGGUCAUUUUCCCAUAUGCCAUUUCAGCAAUACAAAAGGUGACUGUCACUCAAUACUGCCAGCAGUGGAUAUUUCAGUCUGCCAUUCAUAUAGCCAGCUACACAUGCUCCAUCCGUAAAUAAUACAACAAAAGUAUCAAGUCCUGGUCCUGUACCCACUGAAGUCAAUAGACAUUUUGCCAUUGGCUUCCAUGGGAGCAAGCCUGGGGCUUUGAAUAUGAUGAAUUAAAAAUUACCUAGAUGUAGUGGAAUUAUUGAUAUUAUUCAACAACUCUAGGUGCUCUGUUUUAAUAUGUUUAAUUUCCUCAAAACUUGCUUUAAUAAUGCAGUGUACCAUGAGCUAUUCAAGAUCUUUGGUUCUUUCUAAGGCAGAUACAGUUCCAGGCAAAACAUCCCAUUGUUUCGAAUUGUCUUGGUUCUCAAGGAGCAAAGUCAUCUUGCACAAGUUGUUUAUUUCAGCUGACUUUACUUGAGCAAGAGUGUAGUCCAAAGGAGUUUUCCAGUUUUACACAAUUUGCGCACAGAAGUAAUUUAAAGCUACCACAAAAAUUACUUGGCAGAUUUUUUUCCCAUAUGGACUCUCUUCUUGUUGGAUUUUAACAAGCAGCACAAAGAAAUAUGUGAACUAAUUAUUUUGUUUACAUAAUAAAUUGGCUAGAUGGCAUGUUCUAAAAAACACUGCCACUCAUUAGGUGAUAGUUUAAAAAUAAAUCCCCAAGAAGGGACAGGUUUUCAAAAGCAUUAUGCACACAAAUAAAUGCAUGCCUGACUUGGACAAGUAUAUAGGGUAAUUGCACACACAAAUCCACUAGAAACCUUGGUCAUCUCAACAUGCAAUUACUCAGAUGAAAUGUGAAAUCAUGGUACAGGUGUUCCCAUUAAGAGUGCCUAGCUGUUCUGGCACGCCCCUAAAUUAUCAGUUGAGCACCCUGCAUCAUUUCCCCAUUUUACAUAAUUAGGCUUUUCUUACCAUGAUACAUUAAUGUAUAAACCACACAGGAACUAAGGCUUUGAUCCUUACAAUGUGACACCCCCGUGGAAUUCCACAGAAGUCACAUUGCAGGAUCUGCCUGUUAAACAUGCUCUCUCUCCUAUUUUGGUGGAAGACUUGUUUUGUUUUUCUUUUUAAAUCCAUUGAUCUUACAUUUUCCUUCAAGAGCUAGGCUGGGUAGGGUGGGAUAGUAAUUUUUAUGUGUUUCAAGGGUUCUAUUGCUGCUUGCAUUAAGCUGUAUGCUUUUCUUCCUAAAGUUUAACACAUAGCUAAUUAGAUGUAUUUGUGUAUGUGCAUAUACACACAUAUGUUAUAUACUUGGGUUGCAAUCCUGCAACUGGCACCAAAGGGACAGAUCACUGCACCCGCAUGAUGUCAGCUAAAGGAUCAAGGCUCUUCAUACAUGUAUAUAAUAUAGACUACAUUUUAGUGGUUUUAUUUACAGCUACAUGUAGUCUGCUUAUACUACUGUAUCUGCUUUUCAUCAUUUUACAUGCAAAACAUUCGAUAAAUAAUAUAGUCUUAACUAACAUCAUAUUUAUUUCUGGAGAGAGGAAGGAGGAUCCUAAGAUACAGAGUUAUGCAGUUUUAUCUCUCAAAAAUGUUAUAGCUAUGCUGAAUAGCUUCAAAAUAUAUAGUACUAAAUUAUUUCUUUUUUUUUUUUUUUUUUUUUUGCUGAGCAGUGUUUUUCCAGUAUUAAUAUUGUUACAUAAAUAAAAAUUGCUCUCUUGCUCUCUCUGUAGAAACAUUAGGUUCACCUUGGAAGAGUUAAUAGCAUUUGUGAGUAAUUUGUUCUCACUUUAUCUGGAAAAUAGCCAUAUUUGCACAUGAGGAAAUUCUGUCUUUCCUCAGUUAUCUGAAUGUUUCACCACAGUGCCUUCCUGCUAUUGUACCAAAGGCCCUCCAAAUAUACUGUCCUCAGGGUGAACAACUCUAAUGCGUUUUCCAUCAAUGUUAUACCAUGCUAAGUACAUGGGGCUCAUUGUAACCCAAAGUUCGUCUAGCUGUCUUUUCCCCCACACAUACUUUUCCAUCCUAGCUUUGGCUGCGAAUUACAGGAUGCACUUCUAUAAACUGUUGCAUCAAUUAUAUAAAUACAUAAAAUAAAAUAAUCAUUCUUGAUACAUAAACAAUCUGAGAGCGUAAUGGGAGUUGACAGCUAUAAGGAAGAUUUUAUGUCAGCUACAAAUGUUGUAAGUAAAGUUUGCCAGGGGAGUAUUUGCUUGUGAAGAGAUUUGCAAUGAAAUAUGCAGCCCAGUUUUGUUUUUCUCCAUGAGAAUGAGCAAAAUGUAAGAUCUGAACAGCAGCAGUGGAUUGAAAGUGUCUAUUGUAUGUGUUUUUAUUGGUAGAAAGAAUGUAGAAGAGCCAUGUUUUUUGCACUUGCUUUAUUUGUAUCCAUGUAAAUAUGUAUUACUUCAUUCUUCUUGUAGGAAUACACCAUUUUCUGAAUGUAGUAUAUUUCCAAAGACAGCACUAUGUUAUUCUCUAUUGUAUAAAAAUGCUGCUGCUUGAUAAUAUAUCUAAAACAGUUCUCAAAAUUAGCUAGCAUGUUUUUUAAUAUAUUUUGUAAUCCAUAUCUUAAAAAAUAAAAGUGUCUAUGCUUUUUAUCUGCCCCAAAUAUGCAGCAUCUUUUGCAUUAGAAAUGGUAUUUAUAAAAGAUUGUUUUGCAUUUUUUCCAAGUGGAUUAAUUUCUCUAUGCAUUUGUUACUGAACUUUUCCCCUAUAAGAUAAAUGAUUUCAAGUUGGUAUUUGAUAAGUGUUCCAAAGACUCCAAAUGUGUUUUUGAACACAGUAUUUUUCUAAAUACUUCAGUGUGACUUGUUUUCCCAUGAAUCAGUUUCCAAAUUGCUACUUGUCACAGAACAAUUGUUUCUUACAUGGAUUCAAGAAAAUGUCUGCCUAAAUUUAAGAUAUAAAACUAGGUCACACACCACUAGGUUUGACCCAUUUUAAAUUAUGUGAUGGCUCAAUUUAGUAUCUACAUUGAAUGUUUGUUAUUUAUACUGUUUGUGCUUAUGGAAUUGGGAGAGGUGCCCACAUUGGAUUUAGAAAAAGUGAACCACAGAUUCCCCAAAACUCAGUUACUUAUUAUUUCCUAUGGAAUUUGUGGUGUGUUUUUUGUACUGUCCAUGAUUUCACACAUGCAAUUCUAAAGCAUUUAGUUUGAUAUGAAAAGGGAUAGAUACCAAUGUACCAAUUAGCUCUUAAUACAAUAUGAACUAUCCACUCCUUUGAACAUUUCACAUCAAGUUAGCAAACCUUUCUCUUACACCUGUGCUACUGUGUAAUCCCAGUGAAUGACAGUUGCUAACAAUUUGCUUAACCAGCAUCAAUCACCUGACUAUAGUCUAUGUAAGAUUUGUAAAAGCGGCAGAGUCCUGUGGCACCUUAUAGACUAACAGACGUAUUGGAGCAUAAGUUUUCGUGGGUGAAUACCCACUUCGUCAGAUGCAUGUAGUGGAAAGUUCUAGAGACAGGUAUAAAUAUGCAAGCAAGAAUCAGGCUAGGGAUAACGAGGUUAGUUCAAUCAGGGAGGAUGAAGCCCUCUUCUAGCAGUUGACGUGUGAACACCAAGGGAGGAGAAACUGCUUUUGUCGUUGGCGAGCCAGUCACAGUCUUUGUUUAAUCCUGAGCUGAUGGUGUCAAAUUUGCAAAUGAACUGAAGCUCAGCAGUUUCUUCGAAGUUUCUUCAUAUUUCUACCUACCUCUGAAAAUUUCCACUACAUGCAUCUGGCGAAGUGGGUAUUCAACCAUGAAAGCUUAGGCUCCAAUCCGUCUGUUAGUCUAUAAGGUGCCGCAGGACUCUUUGCCGCUUUUACAGAUCCAGACUAACACGGCUACCCCUCUGAUAUGUAAGAUUUGUUUAUCUAUUUUUUAAUUGUUCCUGGUGUAUAAUCCAAAGAAAUAAACUGGUACCUGACUAAUGUUGCAAUAAAGUUUCAAAUGCAGGUGCUGGUAGCUGUAUAUGAUCAUAUAGGCUGCCAACGAAAGGCAAUCAGGGGAAAAGUUUAUAUUAUGAGUUUCCUUCACUAACUCCCCUGAAACUGCUACAGAAAAGCUGGAAGAUUCCAGCAAUAAUGACCUAUGCAGAUGCUACAUGGAUAUAUUGAGUUUCCAAACAAUCCAUAUAUCUGUUGUAGAGUAGAUGGGUUAUUUUCAAAUAGUACUAAGGACUAGACUGCAAUGCUCAUACUCAUGCUGAGCAGUACCUUAUUACAUGAGCAGUCCAAUGGAUGUCGGAAGGUUGGAGACUAUGGGUGUAGUCAGGUGCUAUUCAGUGUCAGUAAGGGUGGCAUAAUUGGGCAAUAAGUAAGUAAAUCAAUUUUAAAAGUAACUAUGUUCAGCUAACACUCUGCAUUAAAUGCGGAUACUCACCUGAAGUGAAAAAUGACUUACAGACAUUUACUACUAAAUUGCUUGCGCAAAAGUCUAUGUUUAAAAAGUGAAGAGGGAUUUAUAUCACACACAUUCCUAUGCAAAACAUUGUUAACCUCCAAUUCAAUGAUUUUUCCUAUCUGUAAAAUAUUUUUAUAUAGCUUGUACUAUGAUAGUUAAGCAAUAAA